AUGUUGUUUAAGUACUUCAUUUGGGCUGCUUGCGCAGCUGUUGGACUUGUGAGAGCCGCUAACGUGCCUUCUGAGAAAACUUACGAGCCAAAUCCGCCUGUUACGCACCGUGUUUUCUUCACGAUCGAAUACACGGAUGAAACUACGCAAGAAGCAAAGGACUUCGACGUAACCAUCGAAUUGUAUGGCACUGUGGUGCCAAAAACCGUGGACAACUUUGCUAAAAUUUCCAAGGGUGUUACAGCAGUAAUCAAGGGCAAAGACGAGGUCAAUGACCGUUUUACCUUGGGUUACCAAGGCACCAUUUUCCAUCGUAUUAUCCCCGACUUUAUGAUUCAAGGUGGCGAUGUUUUGCCUAAAGUUGGACCAUUCAACAUCUUUGGAAAGCAAUUUUUCGAGGAUGAGAACUUUCAGUUGAAGCACGAUAGACCCGGAAGAUUGUCUAUGGCCAACCUCGGAAAAGAAGACAGCAACGCUUCUCAAUUUUUCAUUGUGACCGCCUCGGAGCCUCCUACGCAUUUGGAUGGCAAAAAUGUUGUCUUUGGUCAAGUCGUUGCGGGACUAGACGAGCUCAUCAACAAAGUUCAAUAUGUGAAAACCAACGAUGAAGACAAACCUUUUAACGACGUUAAGCUCAAGUAUGCGCUAAUGGAGGAGCUCAAAAUCACAUCACCUGAAGAUUUGCACAAGCAAUGGAUGGUCAAGGUCCAGAAGUACCAAAACGGUGAUGAAUCGCAGGGUGUGACUAUGGCGGCGACUAAAGCUAAGGGCGAGAAGGAGGAAAAGAUUAUGAGAGAAGAAAAAUACGAACAAUUGCACCAUCCUGCUGUUAAAGUAGCGAUCGGGUUCUCAAUUCUCCUUGCUCUCUACAUGAUCCUCAGAACCAGAAGCCGCAUUUUUAAUAAAACCUCUAAAAUCGUGUCUAUGAGACAUGACUGA